AUGGAUAGAUCACCCAGGUUCGGGUCCAUAGCAGUGACAUUGCCUAUGAAGACUCGCUUUCGCUACGUUCUCCGGUGGGUUCCCUUAACACAACCACUGGCUAUUGAGUCGGCCGGCUUUUUCUUCAACAGGGCACGCGGUCAGAGCCCCGGGCUCCCUCCCACUGCUGGGAGCUUUACGGUUUCAUGUUCUAUUUCACUCCCCGAUGGGGGGUUCUUUUCCCCUUCCCUCACGGUACUACUUCCGCUAUCGGUCACCCAGGAGUAUUUAGCCUUGCAAGGUUGGUCCCUUGCUGAUUCACCAGGGAUUCCACGUGCCCCAUGUCUACUCGGGUCAGAGCGUAAGCUAGUGAUGCUUUCGGCUACUGGACUCUCGCCAUCUAGGUGCAGCACUCCACCGCUUCGCCUAGCAGCACGACGCUUGUAUUGCUCUCCCACAACCCCGUUUUCACGGUUUAGGGCUGCUCCCCAUUUCGCUCGCCGCUACGACGGGAAUCGCUUUUGCUUUCUUUUCCUCUUGGGUUCCAUGGUCAGUCCGCGACCCCUGGAUGCCGAAGGCGUCCUUGGGGUGAUCUCAUCUGACCAACUGCCCUUAUCUAUUAUAGCUUUUGUAGUUGGUUCUCCACUUUAUAUCAAGUUAAAACCAGGUGGUAGCCCUUUGAUCAGAUUGGCUCAAGUGAUUGUUGCUGCUGUGAAGAAGAGGAAAAUAGCAUUGCCAGAUGACCCUACGCUUUUGUACCAGAAUAGAGAGCUUGAUGCUUCUAUUUCUGUCAAUGGAAGGCUUUUACACACCAAUCAAUUCAAGUGGCUUGAUAAAGCUGCAAUUGUAACAAAAGAUGAUGAGCAAACAGAUUCGAAGACGCUAAAUCUUUGGAGGCUGGCUACGGUCCACAGAGUUGAGGAACUAAAAUCCAUCAUUAGAAUGUUACCCGUUUGGGCAUCUGGGAUCUUACUUAUAACCGCUUCUUCACAUCUGCAUAGCUUUGUCAUCCAACAAGCUCGCACUAUGGAUCGUCAUUUGUCGCAUUCUUUCGAAAUCCCACCAGCGAGCUUAUCCAUUUUUAGUAUUUUAACGAUGAUGAUAGGGCUCGUCUUAUACGAGCGCCUUUUCGUCCCUUUUGCUCGUCGUUUCACUGGAAAUCCCGCAGGCAUCAGUUGCCUGCAGAGAAUGGGAAUAGGCUUUAUUGUUAACAUAAUUGCAACUAUUAUUUCAGCAUUAAUUGAGAGCAAAAGAAAAGCAGUGGCUGCCCAUCACAACUUACUGGAUAAUCCUAAAGCCAUUAUUCCAAUAAGCGUGUUUUGGUUAGUUCCUCAAUUUUGCCUUCAUGGAGUAGCAGAAGUUUUCAUGUCUGUUGGGCACUUGGAGUUUCUUUAUCAUCAAUCGCCAGAAAGCAUGAGAAGCACAGCUGCAGCUCUGUAUUGGAUAACUAUAGCAAUGGGAAAUUAUAUCGGUACACUUAUUGUCUCUCUAGUUCACAAAUAUACUGGCCAAGAAAAUAAAUUAUCAGGGGCACGCUCUACCACUGAGCUGAUAGCCCGUUGCGAGUUGCAGCUUGCAAUCCGAACUGAGGAUGGGUUUUUGGAGUUAGCUCACCCUCGCGGGAUUGACCCUUUGUCCCGGCCAUUGUAG